AUGUCAGUACCUAAUUCCAAAGAGCAGUCGCUCCUAGAUGAUGCAUCCACAUUGUUAUUGUUUUCAAAAGGGAAAAAAAGAGCUGAAGAAGCUUCAAAAAUAGGCUCUAAAACAGAUACUAUUGAGCAUGAUGAGUCUCAUGAGAGAGAAAAAAAAGGAGCAAUAGAAAUGGCAGCAGCAGCACUGGCUACAGCAUCCACAGUUUCUUUACCUUUAAAGAAAGCUACUGAGCAAUCGGCGGCAGAAGCAGCAACAUCCACGGCAGCAAAAGAAGAGACCGAAAAUCAACCUCAAAAGCAACCUCAAUGGCCGGUACCUGAUUCGUAUAUAGUCGAUCCUGACGCGGGUAUAAUUACAUGUAUAUGUGAUUUAAAUGAUGAUGAUGGAUUCACUAUCCAAUGUGACCACUGCAACAGAUGGCAGCAUGCUAUUUGCUAUGGCAUCAAAGAUAUUGGGAUGGCACCUGAUGAUUACCUUUGCAACUCAUGUGAUCCAAGAGAGGUAGACAUUAACUUGGCUAGGAAAAUACAGCAGGAACGCAUAAACGUAAAAACAGUAGAACCUUCUUCAUCAAACAAUAGUGCUAGUAAUAAGAAUAACGGUCGGGACAGAGCAUCGAGUACAACUAUUAGUGACGUUGGCGAUAGCUUUUCAACGGAUCAGGACAAUACUAACCACAGGGACAAAAGAAGGAAAAGAAACCCAUCAAAUAAUAGUAUAGACUCCAAAAACGAAAGCGCUUCUGUCAAUUCUUCCGAUGGAUUGACUUCUAUGCCCAAGAAAAAAGAGCAUUUCCUGAGUGCAAAAGACGCAUAUGGUGCAAUAUACUUGCCCUUGAAAGACAAUGUGUUUAAAAGUGAUCUGAUCGAACCGUUCUUAAAUAAACAUAUGGAUGAUAAUUGGGUCAUACAAUAUCCUCAUAAGACCUUUAAAUCUGUGUCAAUUGAAGUCAAACCGUAUGCUGACAUUGCAUAUUCCAGGACUUACCCAGGCUUCACGAAAUUAGGAGUUUAUCUCAAAAAGGACUGCAUAAAAGGUGAUUUCAUUCAAGAAAUUUUAGGCGAAUUGGACUUCUAUAAAAAUUAUCUCACUGACCCACGAAACCAUUACAGGAUAUGGGGUACAGCUAAAAGAAGGGUCAUUUUCCAUUCCCAUUGGCCGAUAUAUAUAGAUGCACGCUUAUCAGGCAAUUCAACUAGGUAUUUGAGAAGAAGUUGCCAGCCGAAUGUUGAAUUAGUAACUAUAAAACUGCAAGAUACAGACAAUAGGAAUGACAAAAGCAGUGGAAGAAAAUCAAGUAGAAUAAAAUUUGUUUUAAGAGCUUUGAGAGAUAUUUCAGAGGAUGAGGAGUUAUACAUCAAAUGGCAGUGGGAUUCAAAACAUCCUAUAUUAAAAUUAAUAAAGGGCAUGACAAUAGACUCUUUAGAUGACCUUGAAAGGUAUGGGCUGAUAAAUUCGGUAGAAACAAUUUUGAGUAACGGCGAAUGCGGCUGUGGAAAUAAUUCUAAAGAUUGUUAUUUAUUGAAAGUGAAGAGAUACGCGCAAAGUCUUUAUAAAUCUGUGAAAUCCAGAGGAAAAAUGAACAACAGAUAUAAAUUAAAUGAAAUUCUCAACCAAUAUAAUUGCAAAAAGAGACGUGAGCCACCAAUUUUGCAUAGGCUAGAAGAAAAGGCUCAAAAUACUAUAGAAAGAGCUCCAAUACUUUUGAAUAAUUUUUAUCGACAAAAAUUCCUUAAUCGAAAUAAUGGUCCAAAAAUUCCUCAAAAGAAUACUAUUGAUAGUACAAAUAAUCCUGAUGAUAUUGCAAAACCCUUCAAAUUCGCCUUAUUUGCACAACAUUCUUCUAAUAUUUCUGUUCCCAAAAAAAAUGAAACUUCAGAAAAACCUUUAAUAAUUACGAAGAGCACAGAUUAUGACGAAUCACACAUUACCAAUAUUGAAGAAUUACCAAUUCCAGUUCUUUUACCAAUAAACAAGACGUCAAGGCAAACUGCAAACGAUGUCGAAGAGAGUCAAUCAAAGAAUGAACAUAAAUUAAGUAGAACCCCUUCUCUUUCAAAUUUCAAUAAAGAACUGUCAAAGGAAGCACAACACAGUCAAGCAAAAACAAAAGAAAUCAUGACAGAAGCUUCGGUUAAUUCAAGGCGAGAAUCCACUCCAGAAAGUAUAAUGCACUUAUCAGAUUUUUCGUCCUCACAACUGCAUUCGAAAAAGAAAUUAAGCUUUGCGGAUUACAGAAAAAAACUACUGAAAUAA